AUGAAGACUCUACUUAGCACAGCAGAGGCAGUCAAAAGAGGAACCUUACUGCAAAGGGAGAAGGAAACAGAAAACAACUGGAAUAAGAUAGAUUUAGUACUGGAGAGAAUAUGUGAAGCAAAGACACCAGAAGAUGCCAGAAUUCUUGCAGAGUUGAUGCCUUUGAUAUGCAUUGGUAUCCAAAGUAACAGAAGCAAACUGAGUGGGUCAGGAUGCAAAGCACUAAGCAAUCUGUUUGAGAUACUUGGAAAUGAACUAAAAGACAGUCUACCUCAGAUACUUCCAUCACUCCUUGGGGCACUCUCAAGAACAAAUAAAGUCAUUUUCAUGAGAGCCAUAAGCACAGCAGCUACUAUUGCAAAGCAGUCAUCACUGCAGACCAUUGCAAAGCACCUUCGUAUAAGAAUAAAUACGCACAGUAAGACAGUCAGGCAGGGUCUCCUGGAGAUGGCAAUCCAUGGGGUUGAGAGAGAAAGAAUUAAAGAACUAGUCGAGAUAAUGGAGCUUCUUGUUGAAGACGUAAACCCAGAGAUACGUGCCCGUGCCAAGGAAGGACUCAGCAGAAUAUCAGAGAUGGACAGAAAGACAAUUGUAGACCUAACGAAUAAAGCACCAGAGAAGACACUGCCACAGAGAAAUGGCACACUGUCAGAGAUGGAGACCACCAUGCCUGCAAGCAUUCUCUCUACUGUAGAAGGAUCACCAAAGCCAAGUGUGGUUGUUCUUAAGUCAUCUGGUGCUAAUGUGGUUGUACGAGGACCAAUUAGGUCAUUUGCUAGUACAAUAUUUGCACCUGAAAAUAUUAAAAAACCGUUACAGCCAGGAUAUUCUCUUGAGAGGAUAGGGCAGAGACUGGAGAUGCACAAGAAGGAGGUGGAAGAAGGUCUGAAGAAAGAGUGGACCCCAAAGAAAACACCAAUCAUCAAGAAGAGGCAGGGCCUGUCAAUUGGUACACCCGUCUGCAUCAAGAAACAAUCUCAAGAGGCCAUUAGCUACCCAGACGAGGAGAAUGCUGAUCUGUUAAACAUAUCAGAGGAGAUAGGAAAUUUGUCUAUCACUAAAACAGAAGAUACAGACCACAUUGUAGAGAAUAAAGGCAUGCAUGACAACAUAUUUAGCAGCAGAGAAAUCAAAGGAACAAAAGAGUUCAUAGAAUCCUGCGGAAUUGCAAAUGACUCCAUGACUGAUGGAGACUACUCUAUCUUGGCACCUGAUGUAUUCGUGAAGAGAUCUACCACAAAGAAGAUCUAA